AUGCCCUCUUAUGCAAGAUUUAUGAAGGAGCUUCUGACAAAGAAGAGAAAAUUGAGCGAGGAUGGAACAGUGGAAUUUGAGGCAGGUUGCAAUGCUAUAAUUCAGAAGUCACUUCCACAAAAAUCUAGAGACCCAGAGAGUUUCACUUUGCCAGUUACCAUUGGCAAUCUUUCUGUGGGGAAAGCAUUGUUGGACUUAGGCGCUAGUAUCAAUCUUAUGUCUUUAUCUAUGUUACAGAUGAUAUGUGAGGUGGAGGUGAGACCUACCACGAUGACUCUGCAGCUGGCUAAUAGAUCUAUAAAGUAUCCUCAUGGCGUUGUUGAAGACCUCUGGGUUAAAGUUGAUAAAUUUUGGUCCCCAGUUGAUUUUGUUGUCAUGGACAUGGAGGAUGAUUAUGAAGUUCCUCUCAUUCUGGGACGACCAUUCAUGAAGAUAGCCAAGGUCAUCAUUGAUGUUGAUGAUGGCAAACUCAAGGUUAAAGUGCAGGACGAUGAAGUGAGUUUUAAUGUCUUUAAAGCCAUGAAACAUCCAAGUGAUAAGACAGGUUGCUUUAGAGUGGAUGUGAUUGAUGAGUUAUGUAUGGAAGCUCAAAGAGAAUUCUCAGUAGCCAUACCAUUAGAGAAAUCAUUGGUGAAUGCAGUCAGUGAAAUCAAUGAUAAGGAAGAAAAAGAAAUUCACAAGUGUUUGGAGGAGUUGGACAAAGCAAAGGAGAUUUCUCCUAAUUCUACAAGUGUGCAAGAUUUAAACAAGGAGGAAAAGUCUCAACCUCAAAAGUUAGAACGGAAGCAAUUGCCAAGCCAUCUCAAAUAUGUGUUUCUAGAAGCAAAUGGUGGCAAACCAGUCAUAAUCAGCAGUUCCUUAUCAAUAGAGGAGGAAAAAAAGUUAGUUGAAGUUUUGUAG